AGGUCUUGAAUCUGGCAGAUUUGCUCGGCCAAGAUCCAAAGAUCUUCCAGACUCUGCAGGCUACAGAAUGGAGGUGCUGAACCUGGGGCGACCAGCAGCCAAAAGGGAAGAAAUUGGGAGGUGCCUUGCCGGCCAUGGCUCCAGUGGAGAAGCCAAAGGGACUGACCUCCGGAUCGCACCUCGUCUCACUGCCGUUACAGUCUCCAAAGGAGAAACUUUUUCGCGAGAAAAUGGCCGAGAAGCGACCUUUGGAAAGGGGGACCAGGGGCACCUUGAAGAUGUGGUGAUGCAACUGCUCCGUUCUCUUCAAGAAGCCCUUUUCGGUCCCUAUUUCUUGGUCUUCAGGCAGAUGCGAAAGAGAUACUUCAGUCAAGCCUCCAGCCUAGAUUUGGGCAUAAAAGAACAUGCUCCUGGAUGCGUUUUCCCGGUGUUGGUGCCCAAUGCCAAGGGCCUACAGGCAGCUCUGGCAGCUGGUGCCAAGGAGGUCACCCUCCUAGCGGCCGCCAGUGACACCUUUGCGCAGAGAAAUACGAAUUGCACCGUUGAGGAGAACUUGCAACGCGCCAAGGCCGUGUUAGAAGCAGCCAAAGAAGCGCAGUGUGCUGUGAGGGCUGCGAUCUCCGUGUGUUUGGGUUGUCCCUACAAAGGCGAAGUGUCGCCCAAGCGAGUGGCGCAGGUGGCAUGUCGCUUGCUCGAGGACGGCUGCGAGGAGGUGGUGGUUUGCGAAGCUCAACUUCAGCAGCGGGGUGGUUAUUUUGGUGUCGAUCCGCCGGUGAUCUACAAGGACACCAUCGGCACGGGCACCGCGGCGUCCGUUUGGAGGCUCCUAGAGGCCUUGGAAGGUUCAGGCGUUCCUAUGGAGAAGGUGGGCGUCCACUUUCACGACACCUACGGGCAGGCUGUGGCCAAUACACUGGCGGCUUUGCAGUUCGGCGUCGCCAAAGUGGACGCGGCGGUGGGGGGCGUGGGGGGCUGCCCCUUUGCCGGACCAGGUGUCAGUGGAAAUGUGGCCACAGAAGAUGUGGUGCAACUGCUGCAUGGCCUCGGGGUUGAAACUGGCCUAGAUUUGCUGCAGCUUUCGGAAGCUGGGCAGUGGCUCAGCUCCCAUGUACUGCAGAAAGGCAAUGGCUCUCGCGCGGGGCCGGCCACCCUGAGACGCCAUGCUCCCGGCGCGCAACCAAGGCCCGAAACAGCUGCAGCUUCGGGGUUUUCCAGUGGACCUUUGAAGGGACUUCGUGUGCUGGAGGCUAUCGAUGAAACCAAGUUGGCCCAUGGUGGGGUUGGUCCUGGCUUAGUCGCCGGGGGAUGGACAGGAGCGACCCUGGCGUACUUUGGGGCCGAGGUAGUGAAAGUCAGGGCUGCUCGGAAACGCAGCCGCGCUGCUCCUGCGCCAACAGUACCGCCUCGCGUGGUGCGGCGCCGGGUGACGUCGAAACAGCCGGAAGCCGAUGCGCCGGUGGAGAUUUGUUCCUCCCAGGAGGAGCCAAGCGGCCUGCAGGCCGCCGCCGCACGGACGGAGCUGGAGCUGAGCACUGAGGCUUUUCGAGCGUCCUCCGUCACCGUCAACACCGCGCCCGACACGGCGGUGCCGGAGGCGGAGCCGGCGCCGGAGGAUGUGGCGGAGGAGAGGUGGUUCCUAGCCCUGGGCAGCAAAAUUGUCGGUGUUCAGCACUACGACGGGGUCGUCUCAGACCGUGAGUCGGUGGUCUUGCGACGACAGCCCGCCAACAUCUACGACCCCAAUGCCAUACAGGUGCUGAAUAUCAGAGGCGAACAGAUCGGCCACGUUCCGCGAGAAAUGGCCAGUCUGCUGGCGCCGGUGAUGGACCGCUUCGACGAUGGAACUGGCCAGUUGAGGGUUGAGGGACACAUCCCAAGAGGCUCGGGGAAUAUGUACUCCAUCCCAGUCCGUCUUCAGAUCUUCGGCCAAGCCAACGAUGCCAACGGCUCCGCUUCUUCCUCCGCACCGCGCAUUCUGCGGGACCUGGGGCAGCGGCUGCAGCGGACCUACUGCAGCGCAGCACGCGGCGCGGUGGAAGUGCUGCAAGCGCCAGAGGAAGGGACGCCCGUGCAGGAGUUAACCCCUCAGAUGUGGCGGCAGAUCAAUGGUGGCAAACAGGGCGCCAAGAUCGCCAAAGUGGGCCCCAGCAUGCAGGACAUCAUCGAAAGAGAAUUGGAGGAGAUCUUUCGACAGCCUGGGGGGUAUGAAGGUUGCCCCCUAGCGGAGCAGCCAGCGGGUUUGAAAACUGACCUUUAUCCUCAUCAGCUGAAAGCCUUGCACUGGAUGAUACAGCAAGCAGCUUGGGUCCUUGCGAAGGGGCAACCGAGACAGGAGAGAUCCCUAACCGUUGCCGAAAAGUUGGCCGACGUCGUGGACCGCGGUGACAGCGCUGUUCCAGCGGUCAAGGGGAAGAAGAAGACGGAAACGUCGACGGCGCAAACAUUUUUUUGGACCAAAGACACGUCCAAAGGCUAUGUGAUCUACAAGAACUUGGCCACGAAUUCGGCCUUCCGGCAGGCGCCCAAGCUGCCACGCGGCGGGAUCCUGGCGGAUGACAUGGGCUUGGGGAAGACCAUCACGACCAUCGCACUGAUGCUUGCCAAGAUGGACGACGCGAAGCGUUCUUGUCGUGGUACAGGUCAAAACUUGGUGGUUUGCCCGCUGUCGGUGCUUUACAACUGGUCGGAACAGCUGAAAUUACACGCGCCUGGGCUCAAGACGCGAGACCGUUCAGCUGGAAGUUUUCUGUUGCACGAUGUGACCUUGACCACCUACGAUAUCGUGCGUUCAGAGUUGAAAGACAGCAGCACUGGACUGGGCAGUGUGAAAUGGUACCGUGCUGUGUUGGAUGAAGCACAUGUGAUCAAAGGUCACAAGCAGGCCACAGCGCAAGCUGUCUUCCAGCUGGUGAAGGCUGAGUGCAAGUGGUGCCUUUCCGGGACGCCGAUCCAGAAUUCCGCGGAGGAUUUGUAUUCCUUGGCACGGUUCUUGAAACUGGAACCCUUCGAUCAGUUUGAUUGGUUCAAUCGUACCAUCCUGCGACCUUUGAAGAAUCGCGAUGCGGUGGGCUUCGAACGUUUGCAGGUCCUACUGCGCAGCUGGUGCUUGCGACGGACCAAGGCGAUGAGGAUCAAGGACCCAAACUCUGGACAGGAACGUCCUUUGCUUCUUUUGCCGCCAAAGUCUGUCGAAGUUUGCCGAGUGCCCUUGGAAUCGGGUGACCGUGUGCUCUACGAUCGCCUCUUCAACUGUGCCAGCGAACGCGUGAAGGAAAUGGAAAGCCGCAGCCAGCUGGGCCAGAACUUCUCUCAGGUGCUGUCACUUCUGACACGUUUGCGGCAGCUCUGCUGCUCCACCACUUUGCUGCCUGAAAAGCUCCUGAGCGAGCUGGCAAACGGCACAGGUGACGUGGAUCGCGUCUUCCAGGCCGCCGUGCAGGCGCUGGGCAGCUCCAGGGUGGAGGAUUUGCUGCGGAACUUGGCGGAGGCACAGGAGGACGACUGCAGUAUCUGUAUGGAGCCCACUUGCGACAUUGUGGCACGCUGUGGUCAUGUCUUCCACCGGAGCUGCAUCGAGACGGCUUUGCGUCAGCUGGGCCGUGCAGGGCAAGGACAGUGCCCGCUCUGCCGGUAUGUGAUCAAGAAGUCGGAACUCUUAGAAAAACCUGCAGAGCUGGAACUCGUGGAGGGUGACGAAACCUCUGCGACCGGCGCGGCCAGUGGGUCAAAAAUUCGCGCCUUGGCGGUGGUCGCCACCGGUGCUGUGAUCGCUUUCCUGCAGGAGAACAUCAUUCAGAAAAAGGAUCCACAAGGAAAAAAUCACAAGGCGGUGAUCUUCUCUCAGUUCACCGCCGUUUUGGAUCUGAUUCAGUCUGAGCUCAAGUCACAACAGUGGCCCUUCGUGCGUUUGGACGGACAGAUGAAGCACGAUGCGCGGGUGCAUGCGCAGCAGAGCUUUGCAGGGCAUCCGCAUAUCCAGGUCAUGCUGUGCAGCUUGAAAGCAGCAGGUACAGGCUUGAACUUGACAGCUGCUGACCACGUUCUAUUGAUUGAUCCGUGGUGGAACCCAGCAGUUGAGGACCAGGCCAUAGAUCGUCUGCACCGCUUGGGGCAGCGCCGCCCCGUGCGGGCGCUACGCUUCGUGGCCGAGCGCACGGUGGAGGACCAUUUUCCAUGGGAACUCGAUGGGAUUUCAUGGGUUUUGAGGAAAUCAUGGCGAAAUCAUGGGAAAUCUGACAUUUGA